AUUCUUCCUUUACCAUCAUUUAUUAAAAGUCAAAUUCAUUUCUUUAUCGAAGCUUUUUUGACUCAAAGACGAUGUCGACUCCAUCACCGCCACCACCACCACCGUCGACAUCGACAUCUGCAGCAAACAUCGUAGGAUCCAGCGCCCUUGAAGGUUCACAAAAUGCUGGUCAAGAACAUGGGUCUGGAAACAACUGGAAUUCCGCUCAGAAGCAGCAACAGCAACAACAAGGCAGAUCACAAAGGAGGAUUCCCUCUGUGUUUUCAAGAACAUGGGCUCACCGUGGCAAGAUCACUUUUGGUCUCUUCCUUGCCUAUAGUGGAGCUAACUUUUAUUACAAUUGGAGACAACAGAAGAUCAGGGAUACUAUUCCACCAAACACAGUGCUUCACUGGAGAGUUACAGACGGGUCAAUUGUAGAAACAGACACCGAUAAAGGCCACCUUCAAAAGCUUCUUAGGGCUGCAGGGGGCGAUACACCCACUCCAGUCUCAACACUACUUGAUGUUGUUACUGCUAUUAAACAUGCCAAGGACGAUCCAAGGAUCGUAGGUAUCAUGGCCAACUUUUCAACCUCUAACAAUAAAACACAGCAAGCUAAAGGGCUAGGAUUGGCUCAGAUCCAAGAACUACGAAGUGCCAUCCAAGAGUUUAAGGAAGCCAAGGCUAAGGCUCUUGGUGGUGAAGAUAAGGUGUCCCUUAUUGCAUUUACAGACUCAUUUGACACUCAAACGCAGUAUUACUUGGCAUCAGUGUUCGAUAAAGUGUAUAUGCAGCCUACUGGAGGCAUUCCUUUGGUUGGCUUGUCAUCGACUGUCCCCUUUUUCAAAACUCUUUUGAAUCGCUUCGGUGUCCAAGUGCGCUCUGAAGCUCGCAAGGAGUAUAAAAGCGUGAUCAGCCCUUUCACGGAGACAGAGCUUCCACCAGCACAGAAGCAAAAUCUCUUCGAUCUUCUAAAGGGUUUGAACUCACAGGUUUUGGCUGAUAUUGCGAAAUCUCGCCAGAAAGCUCUUGGAAGCGAUCCAGUUGAGAAACUGAAUCAUUUAAUUCAAGUUGGUCCAUUCAUGGCUUAUGAAGCAAAGGAUGAAGGACUGGUGGACGGGCUUCUAUACAAAAGAGACUGUGGCAAGAUCGUCGAGCAAAAUGGUGCAUUUGGACUGGCUCACUAUAUCCGCGUUAAGGGCAAGGAGCACACAAACAAGCUUGCCAAGACAAAGGAACCCAGCCUUGUUGUGGGGAUCGUUUACCUGAUUGGCGGCAUUAAACGUGGUGGUGGCGACUUUGGAGCCAACACCAUUGUCAAAGGCAUUAGAGAGGCAGCAGAUGAUCCUACAGUUGACGCAGUCGUCUUGAGAAUUGAUUCUGGCGGAGGAGACGUGGUUGCUAGCGACACUAUUGGAGAUGCUAUUCGCUGGUGCCAAGAUGAAAAGAAGAAACCUGUUAUUGUUAGUUUUGGGAACACCUCUGCCAGUGGAGGAUAUUUUGUAUCAACUCAUGCCAAGGCUAUUGUUGCUCAACCGACCACUAUCACCGGAAGCAUUGGCGUCGCUUCCAUGCGACCAUAUUUCACUCCCGAGUUCUUCAAGAUGAUUGGUGUCAGUGUUGAGCAGUUCUUUACUGGAUCAUCUGAUACGUCACUGCUCAAUGAUCUGGAAGGUGCUGCGUUGACACGCUUCAAACGACAAAUUGAUGUCACAUAUGCAGAUUUCCUCAAACGUGUUGCCGAUGGACGAAAGAUGACAUUGGAGCAAGUUGAAGACAUCGCUGGUGGGCGUGUCAUGAAUGGGAAAGAAGCUUUGAAAGCUGGAUUGGUAGAUAAACUUGGAGGACUAUCGUAUGCUGUCCGAUUAGCAGCUGACUAUGGUCUUGAAGCGCACAAGGAAGCUGGCCAUGUACCAUCGGACAUGAAAAUUGAAAACGUUGUGGUCAAAGUAUUCCCCAAGCCCAAGCCUCUUUUGCAGCAGGCUGUUGAGUCGUUGACAGGUGAUGAAGCCGCAGACAUGUUUACAAAACGAAAGAUUCAAGCAAUGAUGAUGCGAAUCUGGACAGGUGAUAUGGUGGGCUUGAUGCACGAUAUCGGAAUGGCAGACUCGACCUUUCUUCAGGGCCCUCCUAUGCGCCAGCAACUAGAGAUGGACGAGAACAUUAGAGUGUAAUGAUCUGACAAUUUUGUUUGUUUCGCCAAAUCAUAAUAAAUUUAUAUUGCGUGAG